GAAGGAUACACAGAAAGCAAGAGUGAGAGAGAGAGAGAGAGAGAGAGGAGAUAGACGAAGAGAGGCGCACCACACCACUGCUGAGAGGCCACAGUUUGCGUCAGCAGCUCACCGAAUGGCAGCAGCAUCCACCUCCAUGGCGGCCACCGCCGCGCUGUUGCCGCCCCGGGCGGCCAGGACGUCCUUCGCCGCCGCCCGGGUCUCCUCCUUGCCUCACCUCCCGCCAUGGCGCUUCUCUUCCCGUCCCGCCAAACUCUGCUCAGAGCCGCGGAGAUUAUCACUGGUCCAGAUUAGAGCCUCUUCAGACGAUUCGCCCGCUCCAGUUGAUGCCGGGGAACUUUUCUCAGACCUCAAGGAGAAGUGGGACGGCCUGGAAAAUAAGUCAACGGUUAUUCUCUAUGGAGGUGGGGCUAUUGUGGCUGUCUGGUUAUCGUCCGUUGUGGUUGGAGCUAUCAACUCUGUUCCUUUGCUUCCAAAGAUCAUGGAGUUGGUAGGGCUUGGAUACACCGGAUGGUUCGUCUACAGAUACCUUCUAUUCAAGUCGAGCAGGAAGGAACUAGCCGAAGAUAUCGAAGGUCUGAAGAAGAAGAUUGCUGGAACCGAAUAGGUCCACGCGAUCGGUCGCGUGUUCGUUCUUUGUACUCCUAUGGUAGAGAGGCACCUGCAUUUAUAUUUCGACAUGGCUCCUCUGUGAAUUUCUGUGACUCUUGCAUUUCCCUAGCCCCUCCCACCUCGCCUUGUUCCUUGAUUUCAUGAGAAUCAGAGUCAAUGCAAGGGUCACGUGUGCUUAAUGUGAUUUACUAUAUAGAAUGCUGCUACAUGUUAUGCAUCAAUAAUAGUGGUAUCUAUGAACAAUGCUUCACUUUUGAUUCA